AUGGAGAGUCGCCGACCAUUAAGAUUGCAGAAGCGUGAUGAAAUACUUCGUAAGCGCGAAGUGGAGCCAAAUGUCCCAGAGAUUGACGAUACGUUUAUUUCGGAUGAGGAAUCAAUUGAGGACUCAGAAACCAUUAAUGAAACCAAAUCUCAGCCCCUAAAUAAGGAAGUCUCUUUUAGUCUGCGCUAUAUAAUCUUAUCUAUUCUAGUUGUUGGUUAUACAGUUUAUAUCUUAAGUGUAUACCGACGGUGCUCCGGUUUAGUCACUCGUUUAGAGGAAGAAGCCUUUAGUAUGCAAAGAAGAGUGGCAGAAUUGGAGUCUUUAUUGAAGAGUAAGUACCGCGAAGUAGAUGUAGCCGACUAUUUAGAAGGUGCCCGUAUUAUCUAUGAUUUAACUACACCGCCCUAUCAAACUAAGAACUGGUUACUUGGCCAGCGCAGUCAAGGCUAUAAUGGAGAGUUGGCUAUUGAUAAAGUGUGCACAAAAGGUCAUUGUUACUCCUUUAAUGGCUCAGAAGGAAAACUAGCUAUUGCCUUUAAGGACGAGAAGAUUAUCAAAAAGAUAGGUAUCAUUCAUCCCAUCUUUGAUAGUAGAAAAUCAGCUAUCAAAAGAUUUAGUCUUGAUUGUAUUGUUAACAACAAGGAAAAAAGAGUAGGUGAGUUUGAGUACGAAAUACCAGGUGAUUCUUUCCAGCAGUUCUUGUUCCCACCUCAGGCCUGUACAGGGAUUGUUUUAAGGAUUAAGUCCAAUCACGGCAAUCCUAAUUACACCUGUAUAUACAAGGUCUAUGCAUUUGAAUAG